UUAAAUCACUCAGAAGACAACGCAUCCACAACACCUCUGGACAUCUACGCAUUAUAUUCCCUUUCUUAAAUUAGCCCCCCCUCAGCGUCGCAAUACCGCCCCCAAUUUCAGUGUCGGUACGGAGCCGCCAGGCCGGGACAGAGACGGAGAGAGAGCCCUCGGCCAUGGAAGCGCUCGGACCCGACCCCCCUAUAGGCCCGCCGGCCCCCACCUCCCUCUUCCAGCCCCCGCGGAGGCCUGGCAUGGGCACCGUGGGGAAGCCCAUCCGCCUGCUGGCAAACCACUUCCAGGUGCAGAUUCCCAAGAUUGAUGUCUAUCAUUACGAUAUCGACAUCAAGCCUGAGAAACGGCCUCGGAGGGUCAACCGAGAGGUGGUGGACACCAUGGUUCGCCACUUCAAGAUGCAGAUCUUUGGUGAUCGACAACCGGGCUACGACGGGAAGAGGAACAUGUACACGGCCCAUCCACUACCCAUCGGGAGAGACAGGGUGGAUCUGGAGGUGACUCUACCGGGGGAGGGGAAGGACCAGACCUUCAAGGUGUCGCUGCAGUGGGUGUCAGUGGUGAGCCUGCAGAUGCUCCUGGAGGCCCUGUCAGGCCACAAUGAGGUCCCCGAGGACUCUGUUCAGGCCUUGGAUGUCAUCACCCGCCACCUGCCUUCCAUGAGGUACACUCCAGUGGGGCGCUCCUUCUUCUCCCCUCCGGAGGGCUACUACCACCCACUGGGCGGAGGGAGGGAGGUGUGGUUCGGCUUCCAUCAGUCGGUCCGUCCUGCCAUGUGGAACAUGAUGCUCAACAUCGAUGUCUCCGCCACCGCUUUCUACCGUGCCCAGCCCGUGAUCGAGUUCAUGUGCGAGGUGCUGGACAUCCAGAACAUUAAUGAGCAGACCAAGCCACUCACCGACUCCCAACGCGUCAAGUUCACCAAGGAGAUCCGAGGUGGGUGGGGACCUGCAGGUCUGAAAGUCGAGGUCACCCACUGUGGUCAGAUGAAGAGGAAAUAUCGCGUGUGCAAUGUCACACGCCGCCCCGCCAGCCACCAAACGUUCCCCUUACAGCUGGAGAAUGGCCAGGCCAUGGAGUGUACAGUGGCUCAGUACUUCAAGCAGAAGUACAGCCUACAGCUAAAAUACCCCCACCUGCCCUGCCUACAAGUGGGGCAGGAACAGAAGCACACCUACCUACCCCUGGAGGUUUGCAACAUUGUGGCCGGGCAGCGCUGCAUCAAGAAGCUGACAGAUAACCAGACCUCCACUAUGAUCAAAGCUACAGCACGUUCUGCACCCGACAGGCAGGAAGAGAUCAGCCGACUGGUAAAAAGCAACAGCAUGGUCGGCGGUCCCGACCCCUACCUGAAGGAGUUUGGCAUUGUGGUGCACAACGACAUGACUGAGGUGACGGGCCGAGUCCUCCCAGCGCCCAUGCUGCAGUAUGGGGGCCGGGUGAGUACCGACACUGGGCGGGACUGUGGCAGGGGACUCUCUCCGCAGAAUAAGACCGUGGCCACGCCCAACCAGGGCGUGUGGGACAUGCGGGGGAAGCAGUUCUACGCCGGGAUAGAGAUCAAGGUGUGGGCCGUGGCCUGCUUCGCCCCACAGAAACAGUGCAGAGAGGACCUUCUCAAGAGCUUCACAGACCAGCUGAGGAAGAUCUCAAAGGAUGCAGGGAUGCCCAUCCAGGGCCAGCCGUGUUUCUGUAAAUACGCCCAGGGAGCGGACAGCGUGGAACCCAUGUUCAAACACCUCAAGUUGUCCUAUGUGGGACUGCAGCUCAUCGUGGUCAUCCUGCCCGGCAAAACCCCUGUCUACGCGGAGGUGAAGCGGGUAGGAGACACUCUCCUGGGCAUGGCCACUCAGUGUGUCCAGGUGAAGAACGUGGUGAAGACGUCCCCCCAAACCCUCUCCAACCUCUGCCUCAAGAUCAACGCCAAACUGGGUGGCAUCAACAACGUCCUUGUGCCCCAUCAGAGACCCUCUGUGUUCCAGCAACCUGUCAUCUUCCUGGGGGCGGACGUCACUCACCCUCCAGCCGGCGACGGCAAGAAGCCCUCCAUCGCGGCGGUGGUGGGCAGCAUGGACGGUCACCCCAGCCGCUACUGUGCCACGGUGCGCGUACAGACGUCGCGCCAGGACCUGUCCCAGGAGCAGCUGUACAGCCAGGAGGUCAUCCAGGACCUGACCAACAUGGUGCGCGAGCUGCUCAUCCAGUUCUACAAGUCCACGCGCUUCAAGCCCACACGCAUCAUCUACUACCGCGGCGGCGUGUCCGAGGGCCAAAUGAAACAGGUGGCAUGGCCGGAGCUGAUCGCCAUCAGGAAGGCCUGUAUCAGCUUGGAGGAGGACUACCGACCGGGCAUCACCUACAUCGUGGUUCAGAAACGCCACCACACCCGCCUCUUCUGCUCAGACAAGGCCGAGAGGGUUGGAAAGAGUGGCAACGUUCCAGCCGGAACCACGGUGGACAGCACAAUCACCCACCCCUCCGAGUUUGACUUCUACCUGUGCAGCCAUGCUGGGAUCCAGGGCACCAGCCGGCCCUCCCACUACCACGUCCUGUGGGACGACAAUUGCUUCACGGCCGACGAGCUCCAGCUGCUCACCUACCAGCUCUGCCACACCUACGUCCGCUGCACCCGCUCAGUCUCCAUCCCCGCGCCAGCCUACUACGCCCGGCUGGUGGCCUUCCGCGCCCGCUACCACCUGGUGGACAAAGAUCACGACAGUGCGGAGGGCAGCCACGUGUCGGGCCAGAGUAACGGUCGGGACCCCCUGGCCCUGGCCAAGGCAGUCCAGAUCCACUAUGAUACCCAGCACACCAUGUACUUCGCCUGAGCCACGCCAGCAAUGGCUGCAGUUCUGUCCCUUCUCUUUCUCUCCUCUCUUUCUCUUUUUUGCCAGUCUCUCUCUCUAUCUUUCUCUCUCUCUUGCGUCUUGAUCUGCACCAAAGCGGUUCGAAGCCAGUGAAGUGUGCCAAUGGAGUAUUUUCCUUUUCGGGAAAAACGACAUCCGGCAUUCCCGAUCGAGCCGCCUUCUACCAGCAAUCCGGCACUGAGAGACCGUGGGGUUUCCAAUGUACAGAGAAAGCAAAUACACGCAUACACAAGUUGAGCCAUUUUUUUUUUUUUUUUUUUUUAUGUCUUUUUUUUUUAUUGUAACACUGAGCAAUGGAUCGGACUGACGCCAAUCGUCAGUGGCAGCUCUCCUAGCUAAGCAGGACUCUGUCUACUUUUUACCUCAAAGCCCCUUUGGGUGAAAAUCUGUCAUAAGGUCUUGGGUUGGUGGGGGUCAUGGCGGGUAUGGAAACAUGGGUGGGGUGGACCUUUUUUUGAGAAGAGAUUUUUUUUCCUUUUAUGGUCAUGUUUUUCCUUUCUCCUUUUCUUCAGUCUUUUACAAGCGAGGUCACCUGGGUAUCCAUACCCAUUACUCUUUCUUCUCCCAUUUAGCGAAGAAUAAGUGUGUUUGUGUAUAUACGUGUGCGUGUGUGUCUUUGCGUGUGUGUGUGUGUUUCAUGGCAGGCCACUGAAUUGUAAAGGGAAAAUCAAGGAGAUAACUGCUGUAAAUGCCUCAGAUUUGAUGUUUUUAUAUUCACACAUUACAUAUAUAUAAAUAUUUACAUCUAUAGAACAGAUUGAACUAUACAGGCUUCACAGAGGCCGGUGGGUAUAUGUGUAGCAGUAGCAACCGUGGUUUAGCCGGUGUGGCUGACUGGGCAUUGGGACCUAUUGAAUGGUUGAGAGCUUCGUGAGGGUUUACGGCAUUGGGCUAAGCCGCCUUAGUUGGUGCCCCGUGUGAGGAAGGGGAUCCAUCCCUUAAACUUGUUUGUCUCAUCGGUUUUGACAUUGUUGGGGUGGAGCAUGUUUUUUAGCAAGGCGCUAGUCGUCUGAAUUUUUCAGAGCAGGAAAACACAUUCACUUAACUUUUGGGGUCUCUUUUGCUACCGGCCAAUUCAUUGCACUGACCGGGGACGCUAGGUAAGCAACAGAGGGCACUCUCUCUUACCUUUAUGCAUUUAUACAUACAAAUCAAAAAGCAGAAUUUGUAAGAGUUUAAUAUAAAACUGUUUUUGUGGCUAAUCUUAACUAUUGUUCAGAUAUAGUUGGUAUAUUUGAUGUUGUUCUUAUUGUUGUUGUUAAUGUUCUUAUCUACGAUUAUGAUAAUUAUCAGACCGGCAGCAACCAGAUGUGUAGUUAGGAGAUCAGUGGCUGGGUUUAGAGUUGGACACUUUGUAGCAUUCUGGCCUCCGGCGUGGGGAGGCCCAAGGUGGGGCCUCCGGCGUGGGGAGGCCCAAGGUGGGGCCUCCGGCGUGGGGAGGCCCAAGGUGGGGCCUCCGGCGUGGGGAGGCCCAAGGUGGGGCCUCCGGCGUGGGGAGGCCCAAAGUGGGGCCUCCGGCGUGGGGAGGCCCAAAGUGGGGCCUCCGGCGUGGGGAGGCCCAAAGUGGGGCCUCCGGCGUGGGGAGGCCCAAGGUGUAUUAGUUUAUGCGCCCUUCUGCUCCUCAGUUAUGUAGUAGUUUAUGGUAGUAGGGAAUGGUUUGGCUGUGUUCUCCAGUAGGGAAGAUCUGUGUUGAUCUAUUACUGUUACUCCUGACUGGUAAAACAGGAGGCUACCGUCAGUGUUCAUCUGGUGAGUAUUGUUGGCAGCAGGGGGUUUCGGUUCGAAUGGAUGAAAGGUGACAAUCCGAGCUGGCAUUAGGAAGAAACUGGGACAGACAGUGGUAAAAAGAGGUAUGCAAUAGGCAAUGAGUUACAUUUUUAGAACUUCAUAAUGUGUUUCUAUGAUAGUUUGUGUGUAUUUGAACAAGUAUAUCUAUCCGAGUCUAAACUUCUGUUAUUUCUGAAUGAAAUAAUGUUUUGAACACCAGAUAUGAACAUAAAGCAUAAGCACUGCCCUUGGAUCUAAUGACACCUGACCAGUCACGACCGCGGUUAAAGAUCCAAUUUAACCACAGUCGUGGUUAUGGUUGUGCAUAACUCGCUGUGAGGAUGGGGCGGGGGGGGUUCGACGGCGGCGUGCACGCCUCGUCAGGGGGGGUUGGCUCAGCGAAAAACCCUUUUGUAAUAAACCAUACGUUAAGCAGCAGGUUUGCUAUGAAUGAGUUUUGAGCGCCUACCUGUCGAGGGCGUGGGCGCUUGCCUAUGGGAGGGGAGCAUGGUGGCGGUCCAGGCGUUACAUGCAGUAAGUUUUAGGGGCGGGGCUAAGCUGUUGUGGAGACGUGCACUAGUUUCCCCAUGUGGCAAGGGUGCUGCGUUGAUUCAGCCUGGUGUGGUAGUCUGCAGAGUGUGUUCCUGUGGGUGUGACCAGACUGGAGCGUUGUCCAGGAUGUGGGUGUGGUUUCCUAGCAGGGGAUCCAAAGGUGGUAAUUACUUCCCAGUUUUUAACAUAUUAUCAUUGCAAAGCAAUAUUAACCCGAAAUCCAGUUUUCGAAUGAGGAAAAAGCUAUAAUUCUUCUUGUCGACGUGGCUGUUGGUCUGCUCUCUAUCGCAGUUUGUGUUUCUGUAACUUGUUUUUUUUGCCUGUAUCAAUCAGUGGGAAUGUGCAUUCGGUGGACUAGCUCUUUAGGCUCUGAGAAUAAAAAAUAAAAAAAGGUAACAUUUAGACUUUGCUCACCUGCAUGCCAGAGUAUUGUCUCUAAAACAAUCUCUUUAGAAUUAUAUUUAUUAAGAGACAGGAGGAAAAAAAAUAUGCUAAAUGUUUAUGAAUUUAGUGAGACUGUUAUAGGCUAGCAAUAUUGUCCACUCUCCUCAAGACGUAUUUUAAAGAUUCCUACACAAAUGUCAGUAAAAAACGGAGGCACAGGCCGCUAGAGGCUGAGCGUUCGAGCCUUUGUGUCGUGGCCCGAAGACAAACGAGGUACUUUCUUCAAAAGUGGGCCCGGUAAAGACUUGAACUCUCGCCCCCGCACAGGCCCCAGUGUAGCGUCCAUUUAGGCCUCCACUUCCUGGUUUGUGCCCCUGCCACGCCUCUUGGGGCUGUCCUGUCUCGUGGCGCCACCCUGCUGGCCACCCACACAAGCGCACUUCCUCUCUGUGGGGGGCCUCGGCCCAAGGCGUCCACGGCCACAGGAAUACCUCCUUUUUAACCUUUUUAACGAACCAUUCUUUCUGUGCCCCGUUUGAAAGAGAGCAUGAUUUUAUUUUUUAAUUCCUCUUUGAUAUGACUACAGGUUUAUUUGACAUUGUGUAAUUUAAUUUUCUUCUUUAUUCUGGGGUGUAGCUCUGCUGUUUUUUCUGCUAGUGGUCUGAGCUGUGUGACUGUCCAAUAGCAAUAGAAAGGUACCCUGUCUGACCUGCUGGGGAGGGGGUGGGGCUUCCUCAGGCCCCUCCCACUAAGGCGCCUAAUCACUCGCUGUAUUGCUAUGUGACAUGUUGAAAACUUUUUUUUUUUUUUUUUUUAGCCUGCAGGGAAUAUUUGUGUUAUUGUGCAAAGUAAUAAAUUGGUAUUUUAUGCCUAUAUCAUA